AUGGCAACAUAACUAAAUUGCGUGAGAUAAAGUUUUUGCUGUUUGGGUUUUCAUUUAAAUGAUAAGAAUAAGCGUUUUAGGAGAGAUUAUCACGAGUUUGUACCAAUAUGAAGCUUUGGACUGUUUUUACGGUGGUUUCCUUUGCAUUAGGACUGAAAAAAGACUGUCCUGGUGGCAGUGAACAGAAAUGUCCUGAUUCUGCAACAUGCUGUGAGUUGUUAAAUGGAAAAUAUGGUUGUUGCCCCUUAGAAAAUGCCAUAUGCUGUGAUGAUCAUAUUCACUGCUGUCCAUCAAAUACAAAAUGUGAUGCUGGUUUAUGUGUUAACGGUGAUUUUGAAAAUGUAACUGCCCUAAAAUAUUCUGAACACAAGGAUGUUGUAUGCCCGGGAGGUUUUACAUGUCCAGAGGAUAACACUUGCUGUGAAUCAUCCCUGGCUGGAACAUAUGCUUGUUGUCCUCUAGAAAAUGCUGUCUGUUGCUCGGACUAUUUGCAUUGCUGUCCAAAAGAUACAGUUUGUGACCUUGAACAGGGAAAGUGCAAUCCAAAAAGUUAUAUUCCUGGCAUUUUCAGACCAAAAAAAAAGUAUCACCUGUCAAAGAAACGUGAUUUUGUAAAAAUGUCUGCUCUCACAAAAAUCUCUGAAAGAGAAGGCAGUAUUGUGUGCCCUGACGAGAGCUCCCAGUGUCCUAACGGCUAUACUUGCUGCAUGCUGCCUUCCGGAGAGUGGGGUUGCUGCCCUUUCCCGAAUGCAGUGUGUUGCCCGGAUAUGCUGCAUUGUUGUCCUGAAAGCAUGACAUGUGACCCCACCUCUUCAACUUGUUCUCAAGGAAGCAGAAAUGUUUCAGCUACUCUAACUAGUCCAGCUGAGGAGAUGAAGAAAAGUGACAUUGUUUGUCCGGAUGGAAUGCAUUGUGCAGAGACAAUGACUUGUUGCUCGCUUGGUAUGGGACAUUUUGGCUGUUGUCCUUUUGCUGAUGCUGUUUGCUGUGAAGACAAUUCUCAUUGCUGUCCUCAGAACUUCACUUGUAAUGUAGAACAACAGAGGUGCGAUCCUUCGUAGUUAAAAAAAAAAGCGUGUAAACUCUUGGAUGAAGGUAUCUUUGUUAUGUUGCUUAUGGAACCAUUUUUUGCCCAAUACCUUGUUUUUAUUAUUUUUAUGUUGAAAGAGUGCAUUUAUCUUUCUUGAAGAUCUGGAAUUGUAAACUUGUUUGAUAAGAUUUUUUUAAUAAAAUAAAUAUGAAAUUUCU